AUGAAGAAAGUAAGAUACCCGUCUUUUCUGAAAAAUAUCUGUUAGGUUCCAAGUCAGUUAAUUAAAGAUUAAGAAUCAGGAAAAAGCAUUAUUGAAUAGUUUCCUAAGCCUAAGAUUAUCUAGUUUCUAAACAUUGGAGAUAGCUCCAUCUACUCUGACUCCCAAGUCCAUGUCGAUGAGCCUCUCUUUCAGCCUGUCCCCCACGUGAUAUAGUUUACCAACUAUGAGCCAUUGCAGAUAAAAUAACAGGUUUUAAAGCUAAGAAAUAAGGAUAAGGUCGCAAGAUCGGUAAAGAUAAUACCACCCGAUUCGAAACUGUUUUAAAUCCUACCAUGUAAAAAAUCCCAAGGCCUAAAAGGCACAACUAAUGGACCUACCUCAACUAUCAAGAAGCCUAGCGAUGUCGAUAUCAUGUCUAGCAGAGUCGCCCCAGGUAUGGAAAUUUCAUACGUGAUUGAGUUCUCCCCUGAAGCAAAGAUUGAUUACUCUUACGAUUUGAUGGUAGUCACAGAAAGAGAAAAGUUUAUUGUACCCAUCAGAGCAGUUGGAUGGAGAGCCAUGCUUGAUUUCCCUGAUAGUCUGGAUUUCGGGCUCGUUCCAGUAAAGCACACAGCCGAAAAACCUGUAAUGAUUCGAAACAUUGGUGAUAAGACAACAAAAUGGCACAUAAAAGUACCCAAUGGAUUCAAAAUAAACAAGCAAGAAGGUAUCCUUGAAGUGGGUCAAUCAGAGCAAUUAGUAUUUUAAUUCAUUCCCCAAGAGAGUCGGCCUUACAAAGAUGAAGUAAUAUUGCUGUAUGAUAAGCUUGAAGCUGUCGUCCCUAUCUUUGGAGAGAGUCAUAAUGACAACGUCUACUUGUCCAAGACUCAUAUUCACAUGGAGCCAACCUCAAUUACACUAUAUUCCCACUAAUACUACCAAAUUGUAAACAAGAGCUCUGUUCCAGUCGAGUUUUCAUGGAGAGCGUUUGCAACCGAUAGAGAAGAAAAUGAGAAAAAAUCAAGACUCAAUCUUCAACUGAGUCAGGAGGAAGCUGAAGAAAGAAUGAUUCUAGAAGAGUCUAACCUCGAAGAGAGUAUGGCUGAGAGUUUAGACAGCGACGACUCAUAUGAUGAAGAUGAGCUAAAUAAAAAGCAAGAAAGAGCUCAGUAAAAAGCCAUUGCCACCCUGGCAAGAAAGUACUAAUCGAUUAGAAAGGCUGUAGAGGAAGAUUUAAUGCUCUUUCAAGAUGAAAUCUUCUCAAUUGAACCUCUGUAAGGAAAGAUAUGGCCAAACACUGAGAUCACCUGUUGCGUUACAUUUAAACCACAAGGCCCAUAUCAUUACUCAUGCACAGCUUUUUGCAAUAUCACUUGUUCUGAGGAAAGAUUGCCUCUCAAUAUGACUGGUCAAGGUAAAGGUCCCCAAGCCCAACUAUCAAUCACUGAAAUGGAUAUCGGUGAUAUCUUCGUGAACUACUAGAAUGAGUUUGACGUGGGUAUCGAAAACACUGGAGAAAUAGACUGCCAUUACAAACUCAUACCUUACGAAACACCAUUUGGAUCGAAGUUCCACUUCAGCAAAACUGAAGGAGUUCUUGGAGUGAAAGAAAAGUCUCGAGACUUAAUAAGAGUGACUUUCAAGAGUGAUAUAUUGGGAGAGUUCUCUGAGACAUUCAGAUUCGCAUUAGAGGGCAGCUCAGAAAUGCUUACGUUGACAUUUAAAGGUCAUGUUGUGGCGCCAACAUUCAAAUUUUCAGAGGAAAUAAUCGAUUUUGGCAAAGUAUCUUACAAAUUCCCAGUCUACAAAACAGUACAUCUUACAAAUACCUCUGAUGUAGAAAUCAAUUACGUCGUGAGAGUGCCAGGAGAUGGUAGAAGUCUACAGACUGAGUUCAAUAUCACCAAUGAUAGAGGUAGACUAGAGAAAAACAAAGAAGCUCAAAUAACAAUUGAAUUUAUUCCAUGCUUCCCUCAAUAAUACGAUAUGGUCCUUGUUGUAGAUCUAGAAGGUGUCGGACAAGAUAUGCUCGCUGUUCCAAUAAAAGCUGAGUGCUUAGUGCCUAAAGUUAGAGUUGUGCCUUCAGACUUCCUUGAGUAUGACACUUGCUUCCUCAGACAUCCAAAGACUAAAAAGAUAGAAAUCAUCAAUGAUGACAGUCUUAAAGCAAAGUACGAAAUCGUAGCUUAAGAUGAUCAAUCAAAGAGAAUUGCAGUUUACUAAGCAGAUCAAGAAUCUGGAAUUAUAAACCCUAAGUCCUCAUAAGUAGUAAAUAUCACAUUGAAGACAGAGAUCUUAAGCAACAUUAGAAUCCCUCUCUACAUCAAGGUAGAAGGAUAUCACAUUCCAUUUAUGGUUACCAUAUUAGCCAACUCAAUCGGACCAAUUGUCUCUGUAAACAAAUCAGAGCUUGACUACAACAAUGUUGAUGUUCUCAAGGAUUACAUCGAAAAGAUAAUAAUUAAGAAUGAAUCUAAAAUCCCAGCUGAAUAUACUGCUUUUACCAAAAACAAAGAAAGCAUCUGGAAAGUGAUCUAAAGACAUGGUGUCUUAAAACCAGAUGAUGAAAAAGAGAUUGAAGUAGUUUGCAAUGCUGAUGAAGUUUAAAAGUUCCAAGAUACAUUGCACAUUAUUGUGAACAAUGGUGUUGAUCUUGAAGUUGCUUUAAAAGCAAAAGGUGUUGGAUCAACUCUCUUUUGCAAGGAUAACCUCAACCAAGUCGAUUUUGGUACAGAAUAUACUCACAAUAACAUCACUAAGGAGUUCUUCCUAGAAAAUAGAGGAAGAAAGCAAAUGAAAAUUCAAUGGCAAAGAACAACCAAACUUGACAGAAAAUAACCUAAAAAGACUGAUCAAAACAAGAGCACUGAUUCACCAGUAAAGAAAACAGGAACUGCUGGCAAUGAUGCGUCAGUUGUUUCUAAUGGAUAGAACAUCGAGAAAGAAGAAGAGGUUAAAUUCGUGUAUGCUGUAGUGCCUGAUUAAAUCGUACUCAAUCCCAAGAUGGGUAUCAUGAUUCAAUUCAGAGCGAACUCAUUCAACACUGGUAAGAUAAUUGAAACCUGGGCCUGCAAUGUCAUUGUUGGUGGUGAUAGGAAACCCAAAACUGUCUACAACACCACAGUCUAAGGUGAAUUUAUCACUCCUCAAUUGAACUUCUCAGAAGCUAAACUAUACUUCAAGUAUCUCUGGGAGAAGGGUGUUGCCUCAAUGCCAAUUUCAAAGACCUUGGACAUUACCAAUUCUGGACCUCUCCCAACAUCAAUCAACCUCUUGAUUGAUCCACCCUUCAGUUGUGCCACUGAAAAACUUACACUAGCUCCAAACAGAGUUGACCAAGUGUUGAUUAAAUUUGAUCCGGGAAUGAAAUAAGAUAGACUCUCAGAUAAUAUUUCAGGAAAGCUUAACAUCUCACACAUUGGACAUCCACAAAAAGAUGUUGUUCUCCUUUAAGGAGAAGUAUGCUUCCCUAACCUUUAGAUCCUUCCUCCAAACAUUGAUUUUGGAUGUAUCCUAAAUGAUACUUCAAAGAAGAAGUAUCUAACUCUAACUAACAUAUCAGAGAUGCCAGUUAACUAUGAAUGGAGUUUCCUUGAAGAAGAAAUCACAACACUAAAUGCUCUUAAGCAAGAAGAAGAGAAGCAAUCUAAGAAAAAGAAGAGCAAAAAGUCUAAGAUGCUUCCAAUCAAUGAAGUAUUUGAUAUCUUACCAGUCAGUGGAAUUCUUAUGCCAGGUCAAACUGAGACUGUAGAAUUCACUUAUUACUCUGGUCAUGGUCUAACCUACACUGGAAUAGCUGUCUGUAGUGUUGAUGGAGGUCCAGACUAUGAAGUUCCAAUCGUUGGAGAGUCAUCAUUCGUAUCUUACAAACUCUCAACAAAUGAGCUAGACUAUGGCGAAAUCCCAUAUAACGAAUCCUCAUCAAAAGAGUUCUUCAUUGAAAACAUUGGAAAAGUACCAUUCUAAUUCAACAUCAAUUUAUCAACUGUCUCAAGACCAGGUCUGAUUGAAUGCCACCCUAUGACUGGUAAAGUUGCAGCUGGAGAAAGAUACAAAGUCAUUGUUAAGUUUUUCCCUGGUAUUCCUGACAACAUUGAUGAAAUGUUCCUUGUUGAAUGUGCUCAUUUCCCAGCCUAGAGAUUCAAAGUGAAAGCUAUUGGAACUUACCCAGGAUGCUUGCUAUCAUUCCCAAGAACUGAUGAUGAUGACUUCCAAAAGAGAUAUGAGGAUACUAAGAAGUUGAUUACUAAAGGUAAAGUCUCCUACUCAGCUCUUUUCCAAUCAUUUGAAGCAAUGAAAUAAAUGCCACCACUACCAAAAGCAAUUGAGAAGGAUAAAUCUCUCAUUAAGGAGCCAUUCGUAAUGGAUGUAGAAGCUGAAGUAGACAGAAGACUUCUCUGCGAAAAGAUUUUGAACCAAAUUGAUAUGGCUUCAGCUAAACAAGCUAUGCUAAGUCAAACAUAGUUGAAUUUAGCAGCCGCAGCAGUAGCUAAUCAAAACAAUAGUUCAGCAGCAGUAGGUGAAGUUCAAAGCUCUUCUUAGCAAUAAAAGAGACAAGCUAAAACUCCAACUCUCAAGAAAGGAGUAGCUCCAUUAAAGAGCUCUGCAGGAUUUGCAAUCAAUGGUGAUGAUAAGCAAUCAGUACAUGGAGGAGCAACUCUUGGCAUUGGAGGUGUCACUGUAAAUCUUGAAAACAUUACCAUCGCUAACUAUGCUUGUGAUUUCGGCAAUGUAGUAGUUGGUUCCACUAAAAAGAAGAGUUUCAGAUUCACAAAUGUCGGUAAGAUCCCAGUUACCUUCAAUUUCGACAAGAAAAUUCUCACAGUUGCUGGCAUUAGCAUUGAGCCAGAUAAAGUUCAAAAAGUCAUGCCAAACUCCUCAGUUUUAUUCAACGUUGUCUAUGCUACUAGGAAAAAUGCAAAGUUUGGUAAAGUCAAGAAUGUUGUACCAAUUGAUGUGAAAUAUGGUCCAUCCUAUGCUAUUGAGUUCAUAGCUAAUCUUACAAUCCCUGAACUAGCCAUGUCUACAGAUAAUAUCGAUUUUGGAAAGGUCUGUGUAAACACCAGAAAGACCAUUAAAGUAAGAUUUGAAAAUCAAAAAGAAGUUCCCUGUGAUUGGUCAUAUUACUACAAGCCAGAUAUAGCAACAGCUGCAGCAGUUGCAAAAGAAGGAGAAAGAUUCUAAGUUGUUCCAUAAGCUGGAACACUCCUUCCAGGUCAAAGAUAAACAGUAGAUGUCAUGUUUACUCCCAAUUCAGACAAGCCAUUCAUCUAAAAAUUGACAUUCAAAUGCAAAGAUAAUCCCAAAUAAUUCGUCCUUAAUGUCAAAGGUCAAGGUGUCAACUAUCAAGUUGAUUUCAAUCCAGAAGCUGCUAAACUUGGCCCGGUCCUACCAUAUAAUACCAGUGCUAUCUAAGUUAUUGAAAUGAGAAAUCCUAUGGAUCAACCCAUCGAAGUAUACUCAUUAGAUUUUGAUAAGCAAUACAUUGAAGAAGAGGAAAUUCUAAAGAGACUUGAUCAAUUCUAAUAGCAAGCAUAGUAAUAAUCACAACAAAAUUAGCAAGCCCCCACUGUAGAGCCAUUAUUCUUGCCUCUCAGAGUCCCAGGUACUUAAUUCUGGGGUAGUAUCAGAAAGUAAGACGAGAAAAAGAGAAGAGUUGAAGACCUUAAGAAAAAACUAAAGUAGGUUGAUGAGCAACUCUCAGCUUUAACUAAAGAAGAACAGGCAAAGGAGGCUGAGCAAUAGCCUUUAGCUGAAGGGCACAACGAGAAGAAAGCUUAGUACUAAGAAUAAAAAGCAAAUGUUGAAUCUAAACUUUAAGAAGAGGAGAGUGAGCCUCUUGAGGUUUAGUACCCACCUUAGGUGAAAGAAAAGAACAGACUUUAUGUCGUCCUUAUUGGUCCUGAAAAGGUUGGUAAAACAUCAGUGGCAAAUUAUCUUGCACAAGAACAUCAAAGAUGUGUCGUCAGACUCGAUUAGAUUUAUGAUUACUGCCUAAAGAGAUAACUACCAGUAGCUGGGAAAGCGACAAAGUAUCUCCAAGAAAGAGAAGAAGAGUGCUAGAGAAAGCUAGCUGAAGAGGUAGAGAGAAAGAAGAAGCAAAAGGGUAAGAAAGUCAAGGAUGAGGAACCAGAUGUUAACCCUGCUGAGUUCAAAUUCUUCACCAAGGAACUCCUUAAUGAAAUGAUUGCUGAAAGAGUGAAAGAAGAAGAUUGUAAUGCAGGCGCUAUUUUUGAUUGCUUAGAAAGUCCUUAUUGGCCCAAUCUCAAAUUCGCUUUGGAGUCAAUUUGCGAAUCAAUAACAACAUCAAAUAUUCAAGUGGUCUUAUUCCAAUUCCAGAAAGAUGGUCAUGAGGUUCAUGAUACCUCUGCAGUUCAUAUCGAUCCUGCAGCUGAUGCAAAGUAAGCACCUGCGGGAAAAUAAGCUCCAAAGGAAGAGGCAAAAGCAGGUGUAAAAGGUAAACCUCCCUCUAAAGAAGAAAUAAACCGAUAAUAAAAAGAAGAAGAAGAACGCAAGAAACAUGAAGAGCUACUCCUAUAACAGUAAAAAGAAGAAGAGGAAAGAAAACGAAGAGAAGCUGAGGAGAACAAGGGCGAGGAUGAACAAGAAGAAGCCAAAGAUGAACCUAAACCUAAAGAGUUCACUAAAGAGGAAAAAGAGCUACAUCACAAGUUUGUAGAGGAAUUAAACAACUUCUUCGCUGAAAUCAUUAUCAGACAAAUGAAUCAAGACGACAAUGCCUAAUAACCUUUAGAAGGUGAAGAUUAAAUUCAAUAGCAAGAAGGUGAGCAACCUGCAGAUUAAGAGAAAAAUCAAUAGAAUAUUCAGUAUGGAAAGAGAAUUCUUGUCGACUUAUCCAUUGGAAAUACUAUUAGAGAAAUCUGCGAUGAAGCUAAAAAGCUUGUUCCUGAACCAUUAUGGCCUGAUCCAGAUAAGGAACCAUUACCUCCUCCAGUUAUCCAUCAAAUUGUUAAGAAACCACCAAAUAGAAAUGAGAGAACUCCCAUAACUCUAUUCUCAAUUUGGACUCCUACACAGCCAAUUCAAACACCCUCUGAGGGCUAGGAAGAUAAACUACCUGAAAUGGCAAAUACAAUUACUAGAUGGAUACUUCAACCUAAGGAAUCAAAGAAACUCUACAUUAAAUUCUUCUCAAAGAAUAUAGGAUCUUUCGAUCAAGUAAUGCAAUUUGAAAUUGUUGGAUCAUACAGACCUUUCAACUUGAAUAUUAAUGCUAUCUGUGAAUUCCCGACCAUCAAUUCCAACUAUAGAAACGUAUUCAUGGCUCAGAAGAAGACUAGACCACCUCAAGCUCCAGAUUGCUAUCUCUAAAAAUGCUUUGUUGUUUCAGAGAACGAGUUUGAUUUAGGUCCUCUCCUCAUUGGCAAGGAUCCUGAAAAGCGUAACACUGACGAGGUUGUGAAAAGAGUCAAUUCCAGUGUCCUUCAGAUAUCUAAUAAUGGAAAGUAUGAUUUACAAGCCACUUUCUGUCUCAAGAGUAGUUUACCUGCUGAAGAAGGUGGAGCCGGAGAGAAGUUAUAAGGAGCUGGCAAAGGUAAAGCUGCUUAGCCAGACCCUAAGGCUGCUUAAGCUAAAGGGCAAUAGGCUUAAACUCAAAAGGCACCUGUUAAGAGUCCUUUCAUUCUAGAACCAGAUACUAUGGAAUUAAAGAUUGAUGAAACUAAGCACUUGACUGUGUAUGCAUUCCCAGAUUAAGCAAAGCUCUUCAAGGAUGAGAUUAUUUGCCUUAUCAAAGAUAAUCCAAAUCCAGUAAUAUUCAGUAUUUCAUGCCUUGGAGCUAAGCCAGUUGUUGAUGUCGACCAAGAAAUAGUGGAAUUUGACAGACUCUUACUAGAAAAGAAGAUGACCAAAACCCUGACCUUGAAAAAUGUUACUUCUAUCCCAGUGAAGUGGAAGCUAUCUGGUGUUACAGAGCUUCCAGAAGAAUUCAUAGUCUCUAAAACCAAUGGAAUGAUCAAACCAUGCAAAGAAGAAAUAGUUGAAAUAACCUUUACUGCGAAAGUAGAAAAGAAAUUCAGCUAGAAAAUCAUUCUGGAAGUUGAGGACACCGAAGGAUAUAAUAUCAAACAAGAAAAUAAAACUAUAGAGAUUAAGGCUGAGGCUUUCAAGAUUUCCCUCGAUAUGAAAUUCAGUCAUGAUUAGAUUUUGGAUUAUGAAGCUGUUAGAGUAGGUGAACCAAAAGAAAACAAAUUGUACUUAAAGAACAUUGGAAUGUAUCCUGUAAAAUACAACUUUACAAUGAAGAAGAAACAGACACGAGAAAUAUUUACAGUUGAUCCAAUGGAAGGUGAACUAUAACCUAAUGAAGAAAAGAAUGUUGUCGUCAAGUUUAUGUCUCAAAAAGAAAUCAAACUUAGGACCUCAAAGAACACAUCAGAUAUCGUGCUCAACAUCCUUGAGGGUAAAUCAUAAGAGACACACAACUCAAUACCAAUCAAUGUGAAUGUAAAUGCAGUCUUCAGUAAAUACUCUAUCACACCUCUCAAGAAUAUCAACUUCGGUCCCAUGUAAUAUGGAGAACAAAUCAAUAGAACAUUUGAAGUUAGAAAUGAAGGAAUGUUUGAAUUCAAGUUUGCCAUUUGCGACUUCAAAGACGAAGAAUAGAAAAAGAGAAUCAAAGAAGAGAGACAAAGAGAACUAGAAGAAAGAAUUCGUGGUUUCGAAGAGAAAAAAGAGGAAGUUAAGGAUCCUAAGAAGAAGCCAGAACCAGCAAAACCUGCACCUAAAGGUAAAGAUGCUAAAGGAAAAGAUGCACCACCUGAAGGAGGUAUUAUUGAAGUUAGUUAAUACUCAAUUACCCCUGCAAUCGGAUAAAUUCCUCCUGGAAGUGCAGCAUUAGUAAAUGUUACCUUCAAGGCUAAGGGAGCUAAAUUCUACGAAUCAACCCUUGCUAUUGAUGUUGCCAAUCGUGAUCCCGCAGAUCAGCCAGAUGGAAUUCCAUUCGAAUUAUGCGCUGAGUCAUCCAUUCCAGGAAUAAAUACAGAAGAUCUAGAUCAAAUCUUUGAAGAACAAACUGUUAUCCCCUCACUUGAUCCAACAUCUAACACUCAAACUGUGAUAACUUCAAGUAUUUUCUCAAUCUAAGAGAGACUAUUUUGGUUUGGUACUCUGAUUGCAGCUAAAAAUACUGAAGGAGCUAAAGAAAGGUUCAAGAUUAUGAAUCCAAACAAAAUCCCUUGCACAGUUAAAUUUGCAGUCAAACCAAGAUCUCAAAGCAAGAGUGAAGGAUUUGCGUUUGAUGUCAAACCAGAUGUUCUGCAAAUAGAACCUCAUAAGCACAAAUAUGUUUCUGUAGGAUUCUAUCCAACUAGUAUGAUGACAUAUGGAGGUAUAUUCGAGGCAACAGUCGAAAACGGAGAUCCAACAAGCAAAACUGGCAAACUUGUAUUUGAGCUGAGAGGAGAAGGUACUCUACCAACAUUAUAAGUUGAGAAACCAAAAGAGACUGAAGCUGAUGGAACACCAUUACUCAAAUUCAGAAAGACUAGAAUUGGUAAAGAUUCCCUACUAUCCAUCGUCCUUAAAAAUGAGGGUUCAAUCGCUGCUACUGCCAGAUUUGAUGUAAUAAAGAAUGAAUGCUUCAACUUUAUGGGCAGUCUUAACCAUACAAUUACUCCCAAGUCCUAUCAAGCAUUCGACAUAAGAUUUAGCCCUAAAUAAGCCUCAAUCGAGAAAUUCCUAUUGACUUUCAAUACUCUCCACAAUCCUUUCGAAUAGCAUAAAGUAAUGAUAAUUGGUGAAGGGUACUAAGAGAAUGUUACUUUUGAGGGAUUACCUGAGAACCUUGAAGAUGAAUUAGUAAUUGGCGACUGCAUUGUCAACAAAACGAAAUCAGCCAUUUUCUAAGUAGUGAAUAACGGAGAUAAGACAGUCAAAUUCAGAUGGAACUAAGGCGAUAAAGAUGAAUUCAAAUUCUUCCCAAGUGUAGGACACAUCAAAGCCAUGUCAUCUAAGUAGAUCAAGGUUGUCUUUAAGUCAACUAAAACUGUAAAAUAUGACAAGAUAGACUUGCUAUGUGAAACUUACUGCAUUGAGUAAAGGCAAGAUCCAGAAACAGGAGCCAAAUACAGAGAUUGGGACGAUACUAUGAAAACUAUGAGAAUGGUCAGACCCUCAGAAUAUAAGAAAAUCAUGAAGCAGAGAGAAGAUGAAGAAAGAAAGAGAAGAGAAGAAGCAGAGGCUGCAGCUGCUCUAGCUCAAAAAGGUGCCAAAGGAGGAGCAAAGCCACCUGCCAAACCAGCAGGAAAAGGCCAAGAAGAAAAAGUUGAGGAAAUAAUAGUUGACAUGAGUGAGGAUCCAACUAUGGAAUUGAUUGAGACCAUUUAAGAAAUAGAUCAUACAAAAUUAGAAGGAACUGACAAAGUAGUGCCUCUCAAGACAACACUCGUCUGCGAUAAUGUGAAGUAUGAUUGCCAAAUCAAAAACAUCGACUUCAAGCCAACUUUAAUGUAUGCUUCCAGAUCAUACAAGUUUACAAUCAAGAAUACCUCUUUGAUUACACUCAACUAUAACUUCAAGAUAGUUAAUAGUGAUACAGGAAUCUUAGAUGCUGGUCCUUAUAGCAUUAUUCCAAAGAAAGGUGCAAUCUCAGCUGGAUGUGAUGAUAACUUUAUCGUUAAGUUCUCUCCAGUAGAGAUUGAGAAUGACUUCUCUAGAAUUCUUUCAGCCAACAUUGAAAACCUCUCUCCUGAACAAAAGGCAUUAAUUAUUGAAUGCAACGGUGUAGCAGAAAGACCUAUAAUUCAUUUUGAAUUACCACCAAGCACUUAUAAGGAGAGAAAGGAAAAGGACAUGGUACCGAUUGACUCUAAGUACAAAAUCAUUGAAUUCGAAUCACUCGGCACAAACAUUAAGAACACAAAGAGAUUUAUGGCAGUGAAUCCAACAAGCUAAGGCUAUGAUUUUGAGUGGGAAGAAGUGCCUGAUGAGAACAAGAAACUCAAACCUAUGUUCAAAUGUGUAACAACAAAAGGCUCUAUUCUCAGUGGCAAAAAAGCAGAAAUGAUCUUUGAGUAUACUCCAGAUAAUGUCGGAGAGCAUGAGUCAUACUGGCUAUUCAAAAUUCCAGCAGAAAAGAUUGUACAGCACUUUAUGAUCGUUGGCAGAGUCAUAGAACCAAACGUUCUAUUUGAAACCGGAAAGAUCAAGUUCGGUCCUUUACUCCUUGAAGGAAGGAACAGAGAAGUUGUGAACAUUAUUAACUAAGAAUUGAUACCUUUCAGCUUCAACUUCUCCAAAGAGAGUGUCAGAGGAAGUCCUGAUUAUGGUGACUCACUAAAAAUCAAUCCAAUGCAAGGAACUGUAGCUCCUUAAUAACAAAUUCCAAUCGAGAUCCUCUUCCAACCAAAGUUCGAACUUACUUACAACUACAAUCUAAUUUGUAACGUGAAGAGAAAGGCUAGACCACUUGUUCUCAAUGUCAAAGGAGAAGGUUACAAAAUUCAUCACUCAGUUUUCGCUGAUAUCAACAGAGUACAAGUUCAAUCAAAUGAACCAUACAAGUUUGACUUUGCAGAUUUCUUCAUCAAUGAAAAGAAAUCAAAGACUGUAUAACUACAAAACAAUGGAGAAUUCAACUUUGAUUUCGUGUGGAAGAGACAAAUCAAUAAGUACAUUACAAUAACACCCGAAACUGGUACUGUAGUUAAAGGAUCUGAAGUCUCUUUCGAGAUUACUUAUUUGCCUUUGGCUGAACAUUAACUCAAGAAUUACAAAUUAUCCCUAAAUAUUGUCAGUGGUCCCAAAUAUGAUUUCUUCUUAAACGGUAAUGCCAGAAAACCUGGAAUGAAGCUUAAUUUUAACAACUAUGAUUUCGGCCCUUGCUUUGUAAUGAGAUAACCUAUGCCAAAGAAAACAAUUCUAGAGAUUAUUAACCUUGAUAAUAGUGCUAUUGCUGUUGAAUCUAACUUUGAAAAGAAGCCCUAUUUAGAUGUUUAAUUGGCUCCUGGUUAAGUAUUAGUGCCAUCUACGAAAGAAAAUCCUAUUAAAUUAGAGAUUCCUAUUAUAUUCACUCCUAGAGAAAUUAAGAAAUAUUAAGAAACAAUUAGUUUCGAAUUUAAUAAUCUAUACACAAUUGAUGUAACAAUUACUGGGGAGGGUAUUCCAAUGCAACUAGAGUUAGUUGAUCCUGAUCAGGCUAUUGUUGAUUUUGGAAUUGUAUCUGUAGGAGGAGAUGUAACAAGACACAUUCCACUAAUAAACAAGAGCAAGAAACCCAUCACUUUCUAACUGUAACCAAGUGAUGAGGAACUAUUCAAAAAGUGUCAAGUUACUUUCACACCAGACAAGGAGAUGACUCUUAAACCAAGAGAAACAGUCCCUAUUGAAGUGAGAUACAAUCCAAAGAAUAGAAUGCCUAACUAUAACAUGGACAUCAUGCUUAACAUCAAGGAUAAUGAAUCUAAGCAACUGCUAUAAGUUUAAGGAGUAUCGCAUGGCAUCGAAUUGAAACUUAUGGAUGAAGUCAUUGCAUUUGGAAGUGUUGUGAAGGGAAGUAGAUUAACAAAGAUCCUAUAACUUUCAAACUUUGGAGAUGUAAAAGCUAACUUUAAAUGGGAUAGCAAAGUUUACAACAAAUACUUUACUAUCAAUCCUGAGAGUGGUUAUGUAGCACCAAAUUCCAAUCUUGACCUUGAAGUUACAUUCCAUCCUAGUCUUGCUGAUCCUGACAUUAGAUGCAAUAAGGUUAAAUGUGAGAUCAAGGGAGGUGAAUCACUAUUCCUUAACUUAAUGGGUAAAUGCGUCGAGCAAGACUAAUCUUCAACUCAAACACUAAACUUCUAGACAGUUGUAAGAAAGACAGCAAAACAAAGUGUCCCAAUCUAGAAUACUGAAGAUAAAGAAUGGGUUAUUAAUCCAACCAUUAGUACUGAAGCUGAUUCAUGCUCAGGAUACUUCAUUGGAAGAUCAACUUUGAUAGUUCCACCUAAAUAAACUGCUCAGUACGAAAUAUCUUACACUCCUAAGACUAUGACAAAGAAAAAUGCUGCUGAUCAAUAUGAUUCACAUAAAGGAAGUCUUUUCUUCCCAUUACCAAAUGGAACUGCUUUGCUCUAUAAGCUCAAUGGUAUUGCAACUGAACCAGAAGCAGAAGCAACUUUGUAAGAGACAGUACAGGCCAAGAAGUCGAAAUUCUUGAUAAUCCCUGUUAAGAAUUGGCUAAAGACUGAUCAAAGAUUCAAAGUAUCAUGGCUUAUGGAAGGAGAAUAAGAUUAAACAACAUUCAUCAGAGGAGCAAAUAUGCUUGAUGUAGCAGGAGAAUCAAACAAAGAUUUCAAGCUUAACUUCAUGACUUACAAAACUGGAUUAUUCAAGUUCAACAUUACAUUUAAGAAUGAAAGCUCAGGAGAAUACCUACAUUACAAAGUUUAAGUUCAAGCUACAGAGCCUGAUCUAAUUGAGAAAAUUGAGCUUUCCAGUGCCAUAAGAGAAUCAAUCAGCAAAGUUGUGACAAUUGAAAACCCAACAGACACUGAAGUAACAAUUGCAAAGAACCAAUUCGUCUAUCAAAAUGAGUAUUUAGAUGUCACUCCAGAUGUGCUUAAGAUUCCACCUAAGUCAGAAAGAGGUUUUGAAAUCAGCUACAGACCUCUCAACCAAACUGAGCAAGAAGUUGACUUUGUACUUAAGAAUCCAGUACUUGGUGACUUUAAAUAUAAACUCCUACUUAAGGGUCUUCCAGCCUCAGCUUAAAGAUCACUUGCAUUCAAAUGUGCUCUUGGCUAAGAUCUAGUUUAAGCAUUCAAGUUUACUCAUUACUUGAAGAAACCUACCACAUACGCAAUUAAGAUUGAGAAGCUUGACCAACCAGGAGGCUUAAGUGAAUUCAAAUCUGAAGUUGCAUAGGUACAAGCUGCCGCUGCUGAUUCUCCUAAAGGAUUAGAGGUUUCAGUUAAUGUCAGAUAUGAACCAUUCACAAUCGGAGAUGCAAGAGCUAUCAUUAAGCUCAUUAGUCCUGAAGGUAUGGAAUAUACAUGCUUACUCUACGGAAAAUCAACUGCUCCAAUUCCACAGGGUCCAAUUAAGUGUGUACCAGGUGCCAAGCCAAUUUCUAUCGACUUUAAGAAUCCACUAAACGAGAAGUGCGAAUUCCAAAUCACUUUCGACAACCCUAAUUUCUCUCUGGCAUCAAAGCUACCAGGACCUAUCGAUAUAAAAUACGAUGCUAAACCAGAUUUACCUUAGACUGGUAGAAUGAUAAUUUCAACCAGAGGACUUCCUUCUUGGAUUUACUAUUUACAAGGAGAAUGA